AUGGUUUCUGGGCGAGUAGCUCGCCCAGAACGUUCCCACGGGUCUGCAUGCAUGCGGGAUUGUGGAACAGUGAAGGGAAAAAUAGGAGAAAACGAGGGAAGGGUACCCGAGGGUGUGUGGGGUCAGGGGCUGUGCCCUGACAAUCAAAAGCAGAUUUUAUUGUACCGAACUGAAUUUCCCGGAAUCAAAUUUGGCUUAAACAUUGAGCAGGCAUGGGAGCAGCACCAUAUUAAUACCAAGUUGAAUGCCCUCCCAACAUGUGUAUGGCUCCACCCCAAAAUCCCAACAAACCCAUAUCCUCAUCCUGGCAGCGCUAUUGCAGUGGCUCCAAUGGCUAGCCUUAUGGACAUAGUGCUGAGUGGCUACACUUGCAUUGUAAAGAGGGACUUAAGCAUCAGGGCUAUGCUACAGAUUGACGGCACACAUGGAGAGGUGGUGUCCAAUUAG